AUGGCUUCGUCAACCCUCUUCCACAAAGGCCAAUCGGAAGAAUUGCCUGCUCAAGUUAUCGGAACUGGACAAUAUACCUUCGGUCUCGCAUACGCGACCAACCGCUUCCCUGUCCUAAUGCAAGAGGACGAAGACGUGAAAGUCUACUCGGAAUACCUUGCCAAUCCCCCAGGCUUGGUCAGCAUGUCUGGAACGGUAUGCCGCGUAGUCGAUUUCGAACCAUAUUGUCAAUGUGCGAUGCACCGAACAGUGUCUCUGGACUACGGAGUUGUUCUUGAAGGCGAAGUUGAAUUGAUUCUGGAUAGUGGGGAGACACGUUUGUUGCGCAGAGGAACAAAUCAUGCGUGGAAGAAUGUAACGCCAAAUAGGGAGGUGGAUGGUCAGAUGGUGGGAAGCUGGGCGAGGAUGCUUUAUGUUCUGGCUCCUUGCGAGCCUUUGCAGGUGAUCAGAGGAAUUCUAGGAGAGUCGGCUCGUGGUAUUGGCGUAAGAGAAAGCUCAUGA